AUGACGCAAUUUGUACCUAGUUAUAUGCAUCUCCCCAUCACAUCCUGCAAUUUCUCGCUAGCAAUAUGCAUCUCCCCAUCACAUCCUGAGUACAGUACAUUUGCGUUGUUGUCAGAUGACAAGAAAUCAAACAGGAAGGUCAUCCUGAUAGUAUCGUUGUCGAUCACAUUUGGCUUGCUGCUGGCCUGCCUUGUCACCGCCUUGAAGUUCCACCGACGAAUUCGAAGCUUUAGUUAUUCCACCAUCAUGGACAGAAAAACCAUCCGUGCUGACAACGCAAACGUUGAAAAGCUGCUGAAAAAGUACGGUUCUCUGGCACCUAGGAGGUACCGGUACUGUGAGCUGAAGAAGAUAACCAACUCCUUCAAACUCAAGCUCGGCGAAGGUGGCUACGGCACGGUGUACAGUGGCACCCUGCCCGGCGACCACCGGAAGGUUGCCGUCAAGUUUCUGCACCACUCCGGGCCCAAGGGUGAGGAGUUCCUGAAUGAGGUGAUUAGCAUUGGCAGGACGUCCCACGUCAACAUCGUCAGCUUGCUCGGGUUUUGCCUUGAGGGCUCCAAGCGUGCUCUCGUCUACGAGCAAAUGCCCAACGGCUCCCUUGACAAGUACAUUUACUCCGCACCGUCAUCGACAACGCCGGCACCGGUGAAGAGCCUCGGGUGGGAGACGCUGCAGGAGAUCGCAUUGGGCGUGGCGAGGGGGCUGGAGUACCUGCACGAGGGUUGCAACACGCGGAUCAUCCACUUUGAUGUGAAGCCACACAAUGUGCUGCUGGACGAGGGGUUCCGGCCCAAGGUGGCGGACUUCGGGAUGGCCAAGCUAUGUGACCCCAAGGAGAGUAUCCUGACCAUGGCCGACGCGAGGGGCACCGUGGGGUUCAUAGCGCCAGAGGUGUUCUCCCGGGGGUUCGGGGUCGUGUCGGCAAAGUCGGACGUGUACAGCUACGGAAUGCUGCUGCUGGAGAUGGUAGGCGGACGAAGCAACGUCAAGGCCUUCGCCGCCGAGAAGGAGGCUGACCUGUUCUUCCCGCUCUGGAUCUAUGACUACAUGGUCGGGGAAGGUGGCGUGCUGGUGGAGCGGGAGGAUGAUGGAGGCGGUGGCGAGGGGGAGACGAUCGCGAGAAAGAUGGCGAUGGUCGGGCUGUGGUGCAUACAGACCGUCCCGGCGAACCGGCCGUCGAUGAGCAGGGUGCUGGAGAUGCUGGAGAGGAGCAUUCAUGAGCUCCCCAUGCCACCGAGGCCGUACCACCCGUCUUCUCCUUCUUUCUCUCCUUCGAUGUCGCACUCGCUGCCGUCCAGCUACCCGUCUUCUACCUCCGGCUUCACACAACGAUCAAGACCGCUUACACCGGAGAGCACAGUGUAAUUGAAAGAUUGUUUUGGAUAAUCAAACAAAGAAGCA